GGGCGUGGCCGCGGGAGUAAGCGCGGUGAGAGGGGUGUCACGGACUGACGGCCGCCAUGGCUGACGAGAUCAGCAUGGCUCAAGCCGCCCGUCCCGGCGGCGACACCAUCUUCGGGAAGAUCAUCCGCAAGGAGAUUCCCGCCAACAUCAUCUAUGAGGACGAGCAGUGUCUUGCGUUCCAUGAUAUUUCACCCCAAGCUCCAACACAUUUCCUAGUGAUUCCUAAGAAGCCAAUUGUCAGGUUAUCUGAAGCAGAAGAUUCUGAUGAAUCUCUUCUUGGGCAUUUAAUGAUUGUUGGCAAGAAGUGCGCUGCAAACCUGGGCCUCACCAAUGGAUUUCGGAUGGUUGUGAAUGAAGGGCCUGAGGGAGGGCAGUCUGUCUAUCAUGUGCAUCUUCAUGUUCUCGGUGGUCGUCAGUUGGGCUGGCCUCCAGGCUAAGAUUUUUACACCACAAGAGUUAAUUGCAUGCAUAUGAAUUACCACCAAAUAGAUUUAAUUUGUUACCUAGACACUUUGUUAUCUAGACACUGUUAAUGUAUCUCUUUUUUUUUUCUGGAAUGUGUGUCUAUGAAAGGUAAUAAAUGCUCUGAACGAUGUUCGCACAAUAAAGGCGUAGCAUGUGGGAAUC